AUGGUGAAGUGUUUUGUUGGCGUACCGCUGCUAGUACUUCUGGCCACCGCCAGCUUAGCGGCUGAUGACCCCGAACGAAACAAAACUUCCGUUGCAGCGAAAAAAAUCGUCUGCUAUGUGGGCACGUGGGCCGUCUACCGACCCGGCCGAGGUCGCUUCGAUAUCGAACACAUCGAUCCCUCCCUGUGCACUCACCUGAUGUAUGGAUUCUUCGGCAUCAACGAGGACGCGACGGUGCGCGUGAUCGAUCCGUAUCUGGAUCUGGAGGAAAACUGGGGCCGCGGGCAUAUCAAGCGCUUCGUGGGGCUGAAGAACUCGAACCCGGCGCUGAAGACGCUCGCCGCCAUCGGUGGGUGGAACGAGGGUUCGCGCAAGUUCUCCAAGAUGGCCGCCAGCGUGGAGUUGCGGAAGCGGUUUAUCUACGAUUCGGUGGCGUUCUGCCAGCGGCAUGGAUUCGACGGGAUCGAUCUGGACUGGGAGUACCCGGCGCAGCGCGAUGGCGAUCCGGAGGUGGACAAGGAAAACCAUGCCCUGCUGGUGGAAGAGAUGCGAGCAGUGUUCGAUCAGCACGGCCUACUGAUGACAGCCGCGGUUGCAUCGGUCGAGUUCUCCGCUGGAGUUUCGUACGACAUCGCUCGGGUGUCAAAGAGCUUCGACUUCCUCAACGUCAUGGUGUACGAUAUGCAUGGUGCCUGGGACAGCUACUGUGGCAUUAAUGCCCCAGUCUAUCGUGGCUCGGCAGACACGACAGACGAACAGGUACAGCUCAACGUCAACGCCAGCAUACACUAUUGGCUGUCACAGGGAGCUCCGGCGGAAAAGCUAGUUCUUGGCAUUCCACUCUACGGCCGCAGCUUCACACUGGCCAAUGCGGCCAACUCGCAAAUCGGUGCCGCAACGAUCGGAGGUGGUACGGCCGGACCCUAUACGCAACAAGCUGGCGUGCUGGGAUAUAACGAGUUCUGCGAAAAACUUCAGACCGAAACGUGGGAUCUCCGUUGGAGCGAUGAGCAGCAGGUCCCGUACGCCGUGCGCAACAAUCAGUGGCUCGGGUACGACGAUGUGCGUUCGAUUCAGCUAAAAGUGAAGUACCUGAUGGAUCUAGGACUGGGUGGUGCGAUGGUGUGGUCCCUGGAGACGGACGACUUCCGUGGCUACUGUGGGGGUGGUCAGUACCCGCUGAUGCGAGAGAUCCACAAGCUUCUAAACGGUGGUACGCCAAGUCCUACGACGACUCCAGCUCCACUGCCGCCAUCAACUACCACUGCUCCAGGAGCUACCACCGAUGGCACAACCGCAGGACCUUCAACAACGCCCUCAACUGCUGAUGGACCAUGUAGCGGGGCCCAGGUAGGAUUCGUGCCACAUCCAACAGACUGUAGCAGAUUCUACUUUUGCGUUGGCAAUGGAUCUAGCUUUGAGUUCACCUGUCCCCCCGGAACACUGUUUGACCCUACGAUGAACGUUUGCAACUGGGCCGAUGCCGUUAACUGCCACAGUUUGUGAAAAGUGGAUUUGGGAUUACUUACUCCUUAGUUUUAAGAAGAAUAAACUGAAAAUCUGUGCAGCUUUCAUUUAAAAAAAUAUAUCCAAGACGAUCGCGCUUGUAAAA